AAAGCGAUGUUCCAGUCCGCAUCAGUUGGUGGCGGUAAUGAACGACUCUGUUGUCUACCACCGGCAAGAAGCAGAAGAAGGAGGAGGAGGAUAAACAAGUAGAACUAGAAGAACUAGAAAACAAAGAGGAACAACUGGAAAAAGAAGAAAAACUAGAACAACAACAGAUGAAAGAAAAAACGUUAUUUAAACCUCAAAUAUAAUCUGAUGUUUUAAGUUUUAAGUCAGGUUCAGUUAUUGAGUGAAAAUACCAACAGACUCAGACAUUUAGAACAAACUAAGAGUCAGAUCAGCAGAAACAGAGAACACGGACAUGUCUGCUGUAACUGCGUCACUCUGCUCCACUUUGCUGAUGUUUGUCGUGUUCGUCUCUGCAGUGUGUGUGAAGGAGACACGAAGCUGGGUGGACACUUAUCAUCUGUAAUCCAGCUGUGACAGAGACAAAGAAGUGUAAUAGCAGAAAAUCAUCACAGCUGAGUCUGGACAGAACAUCACUCUGACAUGUCGAGCUCCAAACAACAACAUCACAUUUGUAGAGUGGAGCAGAGCUGACCUGACAGAUAAAUAUGUGCUUUUGUACCAGGACGGUCACUUUGAACCAGAUGCUCAGCAUCCAUCUUUUAAGAACCGGGUGGAUCUGCAGGACAGACAGAUGAAGGAUGGAGACGUGUCUUUGAUUCUGAGGGAUGUGACGAUUAAUGAUAAUGGAAUAUACGAGUGUCGUGCCCAGAUGAAAGAAAUUCACUCAUGGAAGAACAGCAUCUUCAGCGUGAUGGACCUGACUGUCGUUGUUCCUCCAGACAAGGAAGCGAUCACAGCUGUGCCUGGACAGAACGUCACUCUGACAUGUCAAGCUCCAAACAACAACAUCACAUUUGUAGAGUGGAGCAGAGCUGACCUGGGAGAUAAAAAUGUGCUUUUGUACCAGGACGGUCGCUUUGUUCCAGAUGACCAGCAUCCAUCUUUUAAGAACCGGGUGGAUCUGCAGGACAGACAGAUGAAGGAUGGAGACGUGUCUUUGAUUCUGAAGGAUGUGACGAUUAAUGACGCUGGAACAUAUGAGUGUCGUGCCUUCAUGGUAGAAACAUUGUCGUGGCAGCUCAACAUCAUCUACCUGAGAGUUGUUCCUCCAGACCAGAAAGCAUUCAUUAAAGCUGUGCCUGGACAGGAUGUCGCUCUGACAUGUCGAGCUCCAAACAACAACAUCACAUUUGUAGAGUGGAGCAGAGCUGACCUGGUAGACAAACAUGUGCUUUUGUACCGGGAUGGUCACUUUGAACCAGACAACCAGCAUCCAUCUUUUAAGAACCGGGUGAAUCUGCAGGACAGACAGAUGAAGGAUGGAGACGUGUCUUUGAUUCUCAAGGAUGUGAUGUUUAAUGACGCUGGAACAUAUGAGUGUCAUGUCCAGAGAGAGGGAGACAUUUUGAAGUUCAUCAGUAUCAUCUACCUUAGAGUUGUUCCUCCAGACCAGAAAAUCAUCACAGAGUCUGGACAGGACGUCACUCUGACAUGUCGAGCUCUAAACAACAACAUCGGAAGUGUACAGUGGAUCAGAGGUGGCCUGGAGCCAGACAUACUCCUUUUGUACCAGGAUGGUCACGUUUAUCGAAACAACAAUAAUCAAUCUGUAAGGAACCAGGUGGAUCUGCAGGAUAGUAAGAUAAAGGAUGGAGACGUCUCUUUGAUUCUGAAGAAAAUCACGAUUAAUGAUGCUGGACCAUAUGUGUGUUAUGUCAACAUUAAAGAACCAGAAAUACAGCAGAUCAGCAUCAUCUACCUUCAUGUUGAUCCUCCAGUCCAAGAAAACAUCACAGCUGAGUCUGGACAGAACGUUACUCUGACAUGUCGAGCUCCAAACAACAACAUCAUAGUUGUAGAGUGGAGCAGAGCUGACCUGGGAGAUGAAUAUGUCCUGGUGUACCGGGAUGAGGCGUCUGUACUUGAAGAGCAGCAUCCAUCUUUUAAGAACCGGGUGGAUCUGCAGGACAGACACAGGAAAGAUGGAGACGUGUCUUUGAUUCUGAACAAUGUGACGAUUAUUGAUGCUGGAAUAUACGAGUGUCGUGUUUUCAUGAACGAAAGUCGCCCAUGGGAGCCCAUCAGAACCCGCAUCUUCCUGAGAGUUCUUCCUCCAGACCAGAAAAACAUCACAGCUGAGUCUGGACAGGACGUCACUCUGACAUGUCGAGCUCCAAACAACAAUAUCACAGCUGUAAAGUGGAUCAGAGCUGACCUGUUACCAGAAUAUGUGCUUUUGUACCAGAAUGGUCACUUUGAUUUAGAUGAUCAGCAUCCAUCUUUUAAGAACCGGGUGGAUCUGCAGGACAGACAGAUGAAGGAUGGAGACGUGUCUUUGAUUCUGAAGAAUGUGAUGCUUAAUGACGCUGGAACAUACGAGUGUCGUGUCUACAUGGCAGAAACACGCUUAUUAAAGCCCAUCAGCAUCAUCACACUGAAAGUUCUUCUUCCAGUCCAAAAAAACAUAUCAGCUGAGUCUGGACAGGACGUCACUCUGCCAUGUCGAGCUCCAAAUAAUAAUCCCAUCAGUGUUUUUAAAUGGAGCAGAGCUGACCUGGGGUCAGAAUAUGUCCUUUUGUACCGGGAUGAGCAGUUUGUUCCAGACGACCAGCAUCCAUCUUUUAAGAACCGGGUGGAUCUGCAGGACAGACAGAUGAAGGAUGGAGACGUGUCUUUGAUUCUGAAGAAUGUGAUGAUUUAUGACGCUGGAACAUACGAGUGUCGUGUCUUCAUGAGAGAAAUAUUCUCAUGGAAGCUCAUCAGCAGUAUCAACCUUCAUGUUGAUCCUCCAGUACAGAAAAUCAUCUCAGCUGCAUCUGGACAGGACGUCACUCUGACAUGUCGAGCUCCAAACAACAACAUCAGAGUUGUAGAGUGGAGCAGAGCUGACCUGGUAGAUGAAUAUGUGUUUGUUUACCGAGAUGGCCGAUUUGAACCAGACAACCAGCAUCCAUCUUUUAAGAACCGGGUGGAUCUGCAGGACAGACAGAUGAAGGAUGGAGACGUGUCUUUGAUUCUGAAGAAUGUGACGAUUAAUGACACUGGAACAUACGAGUGUGGUGUCAGCCCCGGAGGUGGAGGCAUUCUGAAGCUCAUCACCAUCAUCCACCUUCAUGUUGAUCCUCCAGGUCAGACAGGAGGACUCAGAGUGGAUGGAUCUGUUGGACUGCUCAUUGGUCUGAAUGUUUUUGCCGUGUUUCUUGUUGCUGUUGUUAUUGCUUUUGUAAUCUAUAGAAAAUAUGAACGAGAGAACGGGGAUUUUAACUCCUACUAACCUCUAACCUUAGGAGGUAGAAACGUCUCAGAGCUUUUCCAGCGUUGAGUCUGCUGCUGCUGUUCUGUUCUGAGUUCUGGGUGUUGUCAGUGUUUAAAAUCAUACAGAAACAGAUGAGCACAGACAACAGGCCCACAAACCCUGUAUGUAUAUUCCAUUUUUACUCAAUGUUUUUGUCUUGAGGUUUAAAAGAUUGUCCUACUGAUCAACAGACCAAACGGCCUCUUCGGACUUCCAUGCAAACAGGAAGUGUUGGCUCCACCUUUAAAGAAUAAGAGGAAGUGAAGCGAUCAUCCAUCUUUGAUUCCUGGUUCACACUGAAACAUGAGGAGUCGGAGGGCUUUUCUUCUUCUCUGAUGUGUUUCUGCCUCCUCGUCUGAAGGAGGUAAUAAAGUGGAGGAAGCGCAGGUGUGUCCUUAGCAGGAGAGUUUAACCUUCAGUUUUAAUAGAAGGCCACAGCUGGAGGAUAAACAAGUCUUCCUUUUUAUUAGAAGGUUAUUAAACAAAGAUUUCUUCUUUUCUUUAAUGAAACUUUGAUAUUAGUAAAUUACACAGAAACAUCAGUCAGUAGUUACAGUUAUGUAAACACUCACUCACUGUUUUAAAUGCUCCCUUCUCUUAUUUCCUACAAUGCAUCCUAAAUUACUCACAUCUCACUCCCUCUCACUGGAGGUGAGGAGUCAAGGAAACAAGGAUUUAAGUGGACCACAGGUGCAGUCCAGCUACAGCUGUGUUUAUGAUCUCAGGUGUUACAGUGUUCAUCACAUGUUUGAUUUUUAUGCUGACUUAAAAUUCACAACAUGGAUCAAAGUGAAAGACUUUGAAGUUUAACUCUUCCUCCCUCCAUGGUUGUACUUCUGUGUCACACCUCUUUGACACAUUAAAAACAAAAGAAGCUUCUGGGAAGGGUUAAAACGUGAAAUCUUGUUCAGUUGUAAUUGUGUGUCUAACUCUGUACUUACUGAGUGUUGUUCACUGUGAGCUGGACUGUGUGUUUGUGGUCUGUGGUUAACUGAAGCUAACAGCUUUACAGUCGUCCAGCAUCCUGAUUCUGAGGACAGGGCUGUUUGUUUUAAACACUGGAAGGAACCUGAAGGCAUCAUUUGGAUAAGUAAAAAUAUUAAUGAGAGCCACUGAGAUAUCAGUGUCUUUAUUUAAAUUGUGAAUCUGACUUUUAUAAAGUUGAUCAUUUGGUAGUUUCUGUGACAUCCUGACAUGUUGAACAUCAUAUCACACUCAGAAAUUAUGCAUGAGAAACUUGCUCCACUUCAACAUGAUUUAUCAACAAUGUUUCUCCACCAUCUUUUUUGCAAUUUCCAAAUAAUGUAAAUGUGGUUUUAUUCAAAUUUAGUGAUAACUUAUUUCUAUCAAACCAUGUUUUCAGUUGAAGCAUUUCUUGUGUGAAAAUUCACAAAAGCUGCUGCAAAGUCUCUCCAGCAGAGAAAAUAUUUGUAUCAUCCACAAAUAAAAUAAACUGUAAUAGCUCCGGAUGUUUUACAUAUAUGAUUAAUGUAGGAUAAAUGUGUCAAACAGAAAAUUUAAGUUGUUGUGGUUUGGUUGAUUGAUUUUUAUGAUAUUGAAUUGAUAAGAAAAUAAAGACUAAACCACAACCUCAGCCUAAAAACAUCUGGCACAACAUUCGGUGUCUUUAAUGAUUUGUUCAAUUUGUUGUAAAGAAUAAAGAUCAUUCUCUAGUAGUAGUUGUUGAAUAUUUGCUCAGUGUGUUCUUUUAUAUGACUUCAAAGUCCAUUUUCUGUUGUUUAAUUCUUAAGUAAAUUAAAGCAACGUGAGUAUAGGAAAUACACUUUCAUUAUUUUUUUUUAUUUAAAUGACAGUUACAUGUGUCAAUUGUGCUUUAUUAAACUACAUAAACAUGGAUCAGCUAAGUCUGUGGCGAGGACCUGUGUUCUUGAAUAGUUGACUUUAGUUCUCACAAAGCAUGUAAGUCGCCUCAAGCCUCUUGAGGCGACUGUUGUUGUGAUUUGACGCUGUAUAAACAAAAUUGAAUUGAAUAUUUUAUUUACUGUUCCUCAACCUGUGAAGCAUUGAUGGUGUCUCUCAGUAUUUAAGGUGGAGUUGGGAUAAGAAAAAAACACAAAGCUGAAGGUUUUUAUUGUCUGAUUCUGUCUGCCGUUUAUUUACUUUUUGUCUUCUUAAAACGUCACGGCAAAAUG